AUGACGGGUGAAAAGAAACCCGCUGAACCACCUGCUCCGAUCGAUCCAAAACCGCCUGCUUCGGUCGAUUCAACACCGCCUGCUCCGGUUGAUCCAACACCGCCUGCUCCGGUCGAUCAAACGCCUCCUGCUCCGGUCGAUCCAAACCCUCCUGCUCCGGUCGAUCCAAACCCUCCUGCUCCAGUUGAUUCAACACCGCCUGCUCCGGUUGAUCCAACCCCGACUUCUCCUGUCGAUCCAACCCCUCUUGCUCCGGUCGAUCAAACGCCUCCUGCCCCGGUCGAUUCAACACCGCCUGCUCCGGUCGAUCAAACCCCUCCUGCUCCGGUCGAUCCAAACCCUCCUGCUCCGGUCGAUUCAACACCGCCUGCUCCGGUUGAUCCAACCCCGACUUCUCCUGUCGAUCCAACCCCUCUUGCUCCGGUCGAUCAAACGCCUCCUGCCCCGGUCGAUUCAACACCGCCUGCUCCGGUCGAUCAAACCCCUCCCGCUCCGGUCGAUCAAACCCCUCCCGCUCCGGUCGAUCAAACCCCUCCUGCUCCGGGCGAUUCAACACCGCCUGCUCCUGUCGAUUCAACACCGCCUGCUCCGAUCGAUCAAACCCCUCCUGCUCCGGCCGAUCAAACCCCUUCUGCCCCGGUCGAUCAAACGCCUCCUGCUCCGGUUGAUAUAACCCCUCCCGCUCCGGUCGAUCAAACCCCUCCCGCUCCGGUCGAUCAAACCCCUCCCGCUCCGGUCGAUCAAACCCCGUCCGCUCCGGUCGAUCAAACCCCUCCCGCUCCGGUCGAUCAAACCCCUCCCGCUCCGGUCGAUUCAACACCGCCUGCUCCGGUCGAUUCAACUCCGCCUUCUCCAGUCGAUCAAACCCCACCUGCUCCGGUCGAUCAAACCCCUUCGGCUCCGGUCGAUCAAACCCCGCCUGCUCCGGUCGAUCAAACCCCUUCGGAUCCGGUCGAUCAAACCCCUCCCGCUCCGUUCGAUCAAACCCCUCCUGCUCCGGUCGAUUCAACUCCGCCUUCUCCAGUCGAUCAAACCCCGCCUGCUCCGGUCGAUCAAACCCCUUCGGAUCCGGUCGAUCAAACCCCUCCUGCUCCGGUCGAUCAAACCCCUCCUGCUCCGGUCGAUUCAACACCGCCUGCUCCGAUCGAUCAAACCCCUCCUGCUCCGGUCGAUAAAACCCCUCCUGCUCCGGUCGAUCAAAUCCCUCCUGCUCCGGUCGAUAAAACGCCGCCUGCUCCAGUCGAUCCAACCCCGCCUCCCGAGGAGGAAGUGAGUGCAAAGGAAAUGCGCGACGCGCUUUACAACUUACCGUGGAGUUCGAUUUUCGCCCCCUAUCCUCAUAUUGAAUAUCAAGGAGGAACGAAUUUCAUAUAUUGUGAGAGUUCUUCCACUGAUAGCAGUAGUAGUGAAGACGACGACAUAGCUCCAGUUGUUGACUUGGCUAAGCAUCCUGAACUCCCAUUAUGUGAGACCGGGCCUUCAUCUCCGGUUCUAUCACCUACGGAAAAGGCCGAUGCAGAAAAUCUUGUUUAUGCACGGUUAUGUGAGACCGGGCUUUUAUCUCCGGUUCAUUCACCUCCGGAAGGGGCUGUAGCAGAAAAUCUAUCCGAUCAUAAAUCUGAGGCCGCGCCUUCAUCUCCUGUUAUUUCACCUCUGCAAGGAUUCGAAUCAAAAAACCUAUUCGAUCAUCUAUCUGAGACCGUGCCUUCAUGUCCGGUUCUUUCACCUCCGGAAGGGGCCGUAGCAGAAAAGAAAUGUGAGGCCGCGCUUUCAUCUCCUGAUCUUUCACCUCUGGAAGGGGUCGUAUCAAAAAAUCCAUUCGAUCAUUUAUCUGAGACCGUGCCUUCAUCUCCGGUUCUUUCACCUCCGGAAGGGGCCGUAGCAGAAAAUGUAUCCGAUCAUAUAUCUGAGACCGGGUCUUUUCUUUCACCUCCGGAAUCGGCCGUGGCAGAAAUUCUAUCUGAUCAUAUAUCUGAGACCUCGUCUAUUGUUUCACCUCUGGAAGGGGCCAUAGCAGAAAAUAUACCUGAUCAUAAAUGUGAGAUCGCGCCUUCAUCUCCGGUUCUUUCACCUCCAGAAGGGGCCGUAGCAGAAAAUCUAGAUCAUAUAUCUGAGACUGGAUCUUCAUCUCCUGUUCUUUUACCUCCGGAAGGGGCCGUAGCAGAAAAUCUAUCCGAUCAUGUACCCAUAUCUGAGACCGGGUCUUCAUCUCCGAUUGUUUCACCUCCGGAAGGGGCCAUAGCAGAAAAUAUACCCGAUCAUAAAUGUGAGACCGUGCCUUCGUCUCCAGUUCUUUCACUUCCAGAAGGGGCCGUAGCAAAAAAUCUGUCAGAUCAUAUAUCUGAGACCGGGUCUUCAUCUCUGAUUGUUUCACCUCCGGAAGGGGCCAUAGCAGAAAAUAUACCCGAUCAUAAAUGUGAGACCGUGCCUUCGUCUCCAGUUCUUUCAAAUCCAGAAGUGGCCGUAGCAAAAAAUCUGUCAGAUCAUAAGCAGAAAUGUGAGACCGUGCCUUCGUCUCCGGUUCUUUCACCUCCAGAAGGGGCCGUAGCAAAAACUCUGUCCGAUCAUUUACCUGCGACUCGGGCUUUAUCUCCUGGUUUUUCACCUCGGCCAUUGGCCAAGGCAAAAAAUCUAUCAGAUCAUAAGCAGUUACCUGCGACUCGGGCUUUAUCUCAGAAGCAGUUACCUGCGACUCGGGCUUUAUCUCAGGGUUUUUCACCUCGGCCAUUGGCCAAAGCAGAAACUCUAUCCGAUCAUAAGCAGUUACCUGCGACUCGGGCUUUAACUCCUGUUUUUUCACCUCGGCCAUUGGCCAAAGCAGAAACUCUAUCCGUUCAUAAGCAGUUACCUGCGACUCGGGCUUUAACUCCUGUUUUUUCACCUCGGCCAUUGGCCAAAGCAGAAACUCUAUCCGAUCAUAAACGUGAGACCGCGCCUUCAUCUCAGGUUCUUCCACGUCCAGAAGGGGCCGUAGCAAAAAAUCUAUCAGAUCAUAAGAAGUUACCUGCUGGGACUUGGCCUUCACCUUGGCCAUAUCAGAUAUGGAAUGUGCCUCCAUCUCCAGUUCUUUCACCUGUGGAAGGUUACAUAGUAAAUCAACCUUAUUAUAGACGUCCAGCAGGGGGCCGAGCAGAACCUAUAAUAGAUUAUCAGCUGCAACCUGAUGGGACUUGGGCUCCAUCUUCGCUUUUUGCAGAUCGGCCAUUGGUCGAUCAGGUGCGGCACGCGCCUCCAUAUACAGUUAUUCCACCUGUGGAAGAGGACAUAGAAAAUCAACCAUAUUGUAGCGAUGAUGGGGAAGAUGUUGAUACAUAUGAUCCAACUGAGUUCGUUCAUUUAGGAGCCGGCCUGGUGAAUAUAGACAAUAUAUGCUUCAUGAAUUCGGUUUUGCAAUGCUUGGUGCAUACUGUGCCAUUUUUUGAGGCCAUUAUUUACCAAAAUAACCCAGUGCUGUGCGUUUGUAAGGGCAUCUCCAAGGAGAGAGGUAGAUGGAUAGAUCCCAAUGAAACGUUCUGUAUAAAGUGCAGCCUCGAAGAGCUAUUUCAAUGUGUUACUUCAGGAAGGAAAUAUUAUCUGCCUGACACACUAGCUCAGAAUUUAAGCAACCUUGCACCUCACUUCAAAUGGGGUCAACAGGCGGAUGCUCAUGAAUUCCUUUUGCAUCUAUGGAUUAGACUAACGCAGUGUGACAAGUAUUUUGAAGAUGAGGAUAAUGAACAUAAAAUCUUAGUCACACAACUGUUUGGUGGCCGUCUUGUCAACAAGAUCAUGUGUUCAUGUGGUAUGACUUCUAGUAAGACAGAGGAUGUAUGGGACCUGCAAUUACCUAUCGAGAAUUCGGACACUCUCAUUGGUGCUCUGCAAGCUUAUUUAGUAUCAAUGGUACCUGACUUUCGCUGUGAAAAUUGUGGGAAUGAAGGUAUAGUACAGAAAAUUGAGCUGGAUCGGCUUCAACCUGUUGUCACGUUUCACCUGAAGAGGUUUGACAGUCUGAACAACAAAAUCAACAAGCAUGUGUCGUUUCCACCUCUGUUGGACUUGCUACCUUUCGCUCCUAGAAAAGUGACUUUUUUCACUAGUAUAGACAAAAUGCAGAUAUACUACGAGCUCUAUGCUAUUAUAGUGCAUGAAGGGGAGACACCGGCCGCAGGUCAUUACUACAGCUUUAUUCGCGUGAAUGCCAAUGAGUGGUACAGAUAUGAUGAUACACAAAUUACAGCUGUAGAUGAAGAAGAAGUUUUCAAGCAGAUGGCUUAUAUUCUUUUCUAUCGUCCGUUCAACUCGCCCAGCUUUACAGAUGCCGUUCGAGCUAUGCGAUCAGAGACUACCGACGCUAUGUGAAGGUGCAAAAAGAAAAGAUGAAGCUGGUAAAGAUCCAAGUUUGAUUGGUGAGAAAAAAGCUGCUGUGGUUGCUGAGAAAAAAGGUGCUGAUAAAAAUAAAAGUUCGAUUUCUGAGGAAAAUUGGCAGAUUCAGAAACGAAGGAGAUAAAAAAUAUGUGGAGGGUAGAGACAGUGAUCCUCUGUCAAGUACAGAUUUUGGCAAUUGUUUGAAUAUUAACUCUUGAUUCAAUACCCAAUAUAUGCUUUAGGCAAUUCAUUGCA